AUGGCGUCUGAAGCGCCGUGCAGUUCCUCUCGCGGAGAACUGCGGAGGAGACGCGGAAGGCAGGACCAAACGGAGGAUGCUGCUGCCUUCGGAGUCACCACAGCUAGCACCGUGAUAAAAGCAGAAGGCGCGACAUCCUCGUCUCAUUCCCCCUCGCCAUCGGAACCGCCCUCCUGUGCUCCCUCUGCCGCGAGGUCUGACGCUGAGAAGUCUCAGGACCGCAGUGGCUGUCGCUCUGCAAGUCGCUCUUUGCCUGCCUUUCGUUUCUCAAGCCCCGCAUUUGUGGCGGUUCUCUGCGUGGUUCAACUCCUGCUUCUGCUCGCCUCGCUUCAGUGCACUCUCUUCUGGCGGGCGACUCUCGAGGCCCAAUCGAGUCAGGCAGAAGCUCUGCGCGCCCUCGUCGAGGAGAGCUCGAAUGCGAUGGCGGGCGUGCGGUCAAGAUACGCGUGCUUUGUGGAUCGCCACCUGCGGCCGAUCUCCCGAGAAGAGGAAGAAGGGGAAUCCGAUGCUUUCCAAGCCGUGGAAGAAGAAAACGAAGAGGGACCCGGUGCCCGGUCGGGCCGCAGAAAAACCUGCCGCGGACGCCAAACAUCAGAGGAGGAGUACCGAGUUCUGGUGGACUUCCGCGACAAGUUCGCCCACACGCAGCAGAGCAUUCAGGCGAUGACAAACAAACUUCUAAAAACGCUUGACAAGCGCGUGAAGCGCGUUGCAGAGGUGGCGGACGACGUGCUCAACAACCCCAUCUUCAAGGGACAGCGAUAG